UUACGAAAAAAGCACCAGAACGAGCAACCGCAGGGCUAUCAACAUGCCUAGUUUCCUACCUAUGUUCGCGAGCGCGAUACAUGGCUGGCUUUCGCGCCUGCGACAAUGGGCACCUUGUGCGUCGUGCUUUUCCUGCCCCGGCGGCGUGGUUAGCGCUGGCGUUUCUCGUCGGCUUCCAUCCGGGCAACGAAGUCGGCGUCGUCGCGGAAGACGCCGUCGAAGCCCGCAUCGAGUCGCCUUUCUCGUGCAAGGGCCGACCGUACGGCUUCUACGCCGACCCCAAGUACGGAUGUCGCGCGUUCCACAUCUGCAACCCGCAGAUGAUUAACGGCAAGAUGGAGGCGCGCAUCUACAGCUACUACUGCCCCGGAGACUGGGUCUUCGACCAGCUGCGCUUCGCCUGCUUGCCACCGAACGCGACCAGACCAGAGGCCUGCGAAGAAGCCGAGAGACACUACGUCAUCAACGAAGCGUUCACCCUGCGGACCAAGGUGUUGGCGUCGCGGGUUUCCCAACGACGUUUCAGCUGCGAGAGGAUUACGCCUGGAACGUACGCUGACAUGCGUUCGGGAUGCAAGUCGUACUUCGCAUGCGCUCUCAUCGCAGGCAAAGAGACCGCCGUCAGGCUGUCCUGCCCCAUACCCACUGUGUUCGACCAACGCGCCAAGAAUUGCAUCUUUCCUGACCUGGCGACCCCUUGCGAGCUUUCGGAGAUGUACUUCAACGUUCCUGACUACGCGAACAUCAAGCUUACCAGCAAGCCGUCGCCAAUGAUCAACCUUUCUCCCCGAGGCAAUCGUCGCCUGCCCCGCAUGCCGACGGACUCUGUGUAUCGGAGUCCCGUUGGAAAUAAGUUGCUCUCAUCCGAAGUUGUCUUGGAUGGACUCGGAGUGAAGCACAUCAUGGCGAAGCACGCUGUCACGGCUUCCAACGGCCACAGCGUCCUCAAGGCGCCUCCUUCGAACUUCAGCUGCGAGGGUCGUCAGUACGGCUACUACGCCGACGUAGAACUCGACUGCGAGUACUUUCACGUGUGUACUGUGAGCAUCGGCUCCGAAGGACAGCGAGUGUUCGUGAAACAUUCGUUUCGUUGCGACGAGGGCACCUUCUUCGACCAGGAGCAGUUCGAGUGCCGCAUCCCCGAAGAGGCCCUGCCCUGCUGGCAGGCUCAUGACUACUACGACGGUAACAGUGCGUGGAACGAGUGAGGAAGAAAGUAGCCAGCGGACAACAUUUUGAUGACUCUUCACCAAAGAGAAGUGUGAAACGAAUUCAUCUGUGAAUGGCUAAGUUUACAUAAGGGAAGUGGGCUUUCUGACGCAGUUUGAGAAUAAACCAAGUCGAGU